AUGCAGAGACCAGUGUCCACUCUGUCUCUGGGCUCCAGUGUGAUCGUGAAACUGGUCAGCAAUGGUUUCCAGUUCAGUGCAGACCUGCUGCACCUCACAGCGCUCCAACUCCGCAAAGAGACUGGUCUGACCCAGCAGGAGGCGCUAGAGGUGCUGCAGGCUGUGGGUAGAGGGGAAGGAGGAGGUGAUGAAGCAGCAGCAGCAGGAGGAGGAGGAGGAGGAGGAGCGUCUAUGACAGCUCUGGAUCUCCUGCAGAAGGAGGAGGAGCUGAGGAGCAUUGUGACGUUCUCCUCACAGCUGGACACUGCGCUCGGAGGAGGAAUUCCUGUCGGGAAAACCACAGAGAUCUGUGGCGUUCCAGGAAUCGGAAAAACACAACUGUGUCUGCAGCUGGCGGUGGACGUUCAGGUGCCGCAGUGUUUCGGGGGGGUCGGAGGUCAGGCGCUCUUCAUCGACACCGAGGGAAGCUUCAUCGUCGAGAGAGCCGUCGACAUCGCCACAGCCACCGUCCGACACUGCUCCUUAUUGGCCGAGGACACCGAGCAACAAGAGGCAGUGACAACUUUCACCGUGGAAACCAUCCUGUCCAACAUGUUUGUGGUGCGUUGCCGUGACUACGUGGAGCUUCUGGCCGAGAUUCACCUGCUGCCCAACUUCCUGUCUCAGCACCCGAGGGUACGUCUCCUGGUGAUUGACAGCGUGGCGUCUCCGUUCCGGCAUCUCUUCGACGACCUCUCGCAGAGGACGCGCCUCCUCAACGGCCUCGCCCAGCAGCUCAUCUCCACGGCGACCAGCCGUGACAUCGCUGUGGUGAUGACCAACCAUAUGACCACCCGGGUGCAGGGCAGCCAUUCGCAGCACGUCCCCGCCCUCGGGGAUAGCUGGGGCCACGCCCCCACCAUCAGGCUCCUCCUACACUGGGCGGGGGCGCGGCGGCUGGCGUCCAUCUUUAAAUCUCCAGGUCACGCGGACGCCACCGUCCAAUACCAGAUCACCGGCGACGGGUUCAGAGACGUCGAACAAUCAGAGCAGCCGGAGAGCAAACGACCCCGAACAGAAACCGACCAAUCAGCUGCCAGCCAGAAAGACGACGGUGUCAGCUGA